AUGGAGGAGAAUGACAUUUACACAUAUUAUGAUUAUUAUAACAAUAGCCAGGAUUAUGUCAAUUACAAAAAUGACAAUGUCAACACUACUGAAGUUAAUGCUGCUUCCAUAACCAUUUCUGUGGUCGCUAUCCUCAACCUGGUGGUCUGCAUCCUCACCAUCCUGGUUGGGGUUCCCGGGAACGGCCUGGUCAUCUGGAUCACUGGUCUCAAGAUGAAAAAGACGGUCAACACCACCUGGUACCUCAGCCUGGCCGUGUCCGACUUCAUAAUCUGUGUCGCCCUUCCACUGUUUUACAUCAUCGUCAAUUUUACAGAGGUGUGCAUCUUCUGGCUUUUCACGUGUUACUUCACCAUUGCUCUGAUAUUCAUCUCCAUGUUCAGCAGCGUCAUCCUCCUGGUCAUCAUCAGUGUUGAUCACUGUGUGUCGGUGACGUUUCCAGUCUGGUCUCAGAACAACCGUACCAUCGACAUGGCCUCUAUUGUGGUGAUCCUGACCUGGGUUUUAUCUGUUGCCCUCAACACUCGUUUUAUGUUCGUGGGUGGAAUGGACAUGGAGAUGAUAAUUUGGAAUCAGUUCAUUGGUGGCUUUGCAGUGCCCUUCCUCAUCAUCUUCUUCUGUUACUCUGUAACUAUGCGGAGACUGAGAACCAGACAAAUGAUUAGUGUGUCCCCCAAGUCCCUCAGAGUAAUGACUGCCCUGAUCACCAUGUUCUUUAUCUGCUGGUUGCCCCUCCAUGUCUUCAUGCUGUUUUCCGAGUAUCGUAUAUAUUACAACCCAGUAAAAGAUAUUGGACUAUUGGUGGGAGUAAUAUUAGCCACAGUCCAUAGUUUCCUCAGACCAGUGUUGUAUGUUUGCAUGGGGAAUAACGUCCCACCGACACUCAAGAGGUCCAUGAUUGGUAGGAUUGAGAAUGCCCUUGGAGAGGAAGACCCCCCCCACCACCAGCCAUGA